AUGGCUGGAAGAAACGAUGUUGCUAUUGCUGAUGCUUUGCAGGUUGUUGCUCAGGCUGUGCAGAAUCAACCUAAUGCUGGUGGGAACAACGAGUUCCAAUAUUUGAGGAAGUUCCAAAGGAACAAUCCACCUACUUUCAAGGGUAGGUACGAUCCUGAUGGAGCACAUACUUGGCUCAGGGAGAUUGAGAGGAUUUUCAGAUUGAUGGAUUGCUCUAAAGCUCAGAAGAUGCGGUUCGGUACACAUAUGGAAUUUUUGAGAAAGUACUUUCCUGAGGAUGUUCGUGGGAAGAAGGAGAUUGAGUUUCUGGAGCUGAAGCAAGGUAACUUGUCGGUUAUUGAAUAUGCUGCCAGAUUUGUGGAACUUGCUAAGUUCUAG